AUGACGCCUUUCUACUUUGUAUUAGUCUUGUUGAUACAGAACUCUUAUUCUGAGACAGUUGCAAAGACCGAAGACAAUUCAAGUGAAACGCGUGAAAUUUUAAAAGUAAAACCGGUGAGCGAUGACUUUCAAAAAGGAACCGAACCUUCAUCGAUAGACUGGAUGGACAUGUUCUUAGGAUCUAACAGCAAUAUAUUUCCGACAUCCUCUUCAACUAAAAUGGCUCAAGUUGCGUUGUCUAACAAAAGCGCAGAAGAGCAACUCGAAGACAUAAAAAAUAUGGCAGAACAAAUAACAAAAUGUAUACAAAGUGAGAUGGCUAAUCUUCUUUCUUACGCUAUAUCUAUCACUAAUGUCAAUAAUGAACAAGAAGACAAUAAAUUAAGAAAAAAGAGAUCGCUCGAUACCCCAAUGGACAGUACGCAAUUGGUUAUGCGAUUGUUAAAACAUAUAAAAUCAAAUAACGAAUAUCAGAAUAUAGCCAUCGAGAAAAUGAUGUCUGCUCAAGAAAUCGCUGACAAAUUCGGAAUCGAAUUUAAUCCCGAUCCAGAAAUACUCUCUGAGCUCGCUUUAGUUACAAAUGUACAAGCGAAAGAAAUGUCCGACAUUCUCAAAGAUGCAUACGAUUUAAAAAACGUUACCAAAAGAAACGAAUCUGCACGUUUCAUCGACAACGAAAAAGAUGAUGCCAUACAGAAUCUUGUAGAUCGUGCUGAUAAAAACGAACCAAUCAAACUGGCUACAUCUUUUGAUUAUCCUAUCAACAAAGCAUCAGAAAAUAAAUCCUACAAAGAACCAAGUUCUGGGAACGACAACACAUUCUUGCGUUACAACUAUUAUGACAACAGCCCGUUCGAAUCACAAAUACCAGCUCCUCCAUCCCAUCACCAUCACAAGGAGCCAGUAAGCUCUCGGCUAAAUUUCUACGACUACAUUUCGUUUAAUCCUAAUCAGGAAUACUUGCCAUACUGUUCCGUAGAACCGAUGUCGAUAAUAUACUCAGUUGAUGAGCCAGAAUCCUCUGAAUUACCAGAAUUAGUCGGCGAAGAAUAUGAAGAGACGAUUUCGUCGAAGAUCUACAUAGACCACGAGGAGGAACCGGGUAUGGCGAGCGUCAAUCAUGUUAUGACGUACACGGUAUCAGAGAAAUCUCAUUUCAGAACACCGGAAGUAGAGAGUCUGCCGCAACAAAUGCAAUAUUAUUUCCUCUUGAUGUGA